AAUCAAAUCACGUGCAACGCCGGAAGGCCCAAGCGUGGUAAAGUUGGCUCAGCCGGAAGGCCCAAUUGAUGAAGACGGAUAAGCUCGGCUCAGGUUAGGCCCCGGCAUCGCCGUCGACUAGGCUGGCCCUCCGCCGUCUGCCAUGACGAGAUCCGCGUCCCCGAGCGUGGACGCUCCACGCCUCCGCCUCCCGGACGCCGGCGAGGUGCGUCCGGCGUCCCUGCUGCACACAACCUGACAACCUACUUCUCUCUUCUAUCUACCACAAGAUCCUUCCGCCGCCUCCCCCUCCUGACAGAGCAGAGGCAGAGCUGAGGCCCGGCCUGGCCGGGCUUCGGCGGCCCAGCCCAAAUAACCCGACGGGUCCGCAUCCUGAGCUCCGCCUCCACACACCUUGGCACCUCGCCCUCGCCUCCAGCUCCGCACGUCCCGUCGCCCGCUUCCACCUCCACGCGACGCGACGGCUCGCCUUCACCUCCUCGCCGCCAGACGCGCCCGCCGCCACCCAGCGAGCCGGCAGCCGCCCGCUAUCCCAGGCUUCGUUUUCUUGUUGGCUCCGCCACUGUGACAGAUGGCUGCGGGGGGCGGGCGGUGCUUGCUCGCCUUGGCGCUCGCCGCCGCUUGGAUCUCCGGCGCGGUGGUCGCCGCCUCAUCGUCGGGUGAGCAGAGCCGGGGCCGUGAUGCGCGUUCAUGUAUAGUGUCUGGAAAGGGCUACGGAAAGCGUUCGUUUUUAGCUCAUGCUGAAUUUUACCGUACCUGUAAGCUGAAGGCGGAAGCCGCACACCCGUCAAAUGCAUGCCCUGCUCUAGAACGUACAUUGGUGGUGCACAUCUGGACACCUUGACGGGCCAGCUUGCUCAGCGUCGUGACAUAGUGGAAAUGUCUGAUUCUGGUGAAUUGUGCAAAGGACUUGCUGAUGAUGUCGAAGUUCCUAUGCUUUCAAAACUACGCCGGCAACUGGUUGGUAAAGGUUCUCACCGCCGUUUAGUCUAUUCUGUGGAUUUUGGUGCCCAUGAAGGUGCUAUGGUUAAUUUCCUUGAUCACUACGAUGCCCAUCUGGUGAUAUUUGAAAAACUUCCUGAUGGAGUGUUUGCCGACCCAUUUGAGCUACAGCAUUUUGUUGAGCGCAAAGUUUUCGUUGAUGUUGCUGUUUUUGGAGACGCCAACCUUGAACUGCCCACAGCUCUAUCCAAUGGGUCAUCUGUUGAGAUCCAUUUUGAUCUCAGGCGAAUCAUUUCAAUCAACUGUAACCUUGUAAUAGAGAUGCCUCUCCAUGCUAGAUACCCGCCUCUUGAUGCCAGUGGCUAUGCCACAGUGGAGUUUGGUAGCGCAGAUCUAUUCCUCCGCUACAGAAAAAAGGACAUCCAUUCUGGUUCCUGUCUUUGGGUGAUCAAUAAUCUCAAAGCUGCACCCCUGGAGAAAGCUGCAUGGCGCAUACCCUGUGGAGACGAGGCCCACAUAGGAUUUGUAUCUAGCAUCACGUUUCUUUCAGCUCUUGUUUGCUCCAUGUCCAUUGUCUUGGCUUCUCUCAUUUUUUGACGUCUUAGGGUCCUAUCAGACCUUUUUUUUGUUUACAUAAAUACUGAAGUGCGAGACAGGAGAAUUCUCUUCAUGCAUCCACACAUCCUUGCAAAUGACAACCCAGUUGCCAUUAAUUUUGCUAGCUUUAGUGGAGUCUUUGCAAGUUCCAUUGAACGGAGUUGCCAACUUCGAAUCACAUACAGACCAGAACCAGAUAAGGGUGUUCCUCUUUGUGAUGGAAAAAGGAGUCCCAAAAGAAAAAUCAUCUACUUCAA